AUAGUAUCUAAUAAUAUCGAGGAGAAUAAUGAGAUACGAAUAACGGAAAGAAUAAUAAAAUUCAUCCGCGAAACAUUUCGAGCUGUAUUUUGCAGAUUACAUACUUUGCUGUAUUUAUUUCGGACCGCAGAAUAGAAAUAUGUUGUCAUUGAAGAAUAAUUUACUUUGAUUCGAUGCAGUUAUUCCCGAUAUUUAAAUGUCUCGAUUUCGUAGGUUAGAAUGUAAGGAGCGUGACACGUACUAAGGAAAUGAUCAUUUAUUUAGGACACAUUUGUUUCUCCAAGGUGCAUUUGGAUAUCAUAUACCUUACUGUGCAAGUAUUCAACAUGGGAGAUCAAGCUUUGAUAAAAGGCAAGCGCCUAAGAGCUGUUAAAACACAAAAGAAAAGGACAAUUGUGCCGGAUGUAAGAUUACAUACCCAAAAUGUAUUGAUUCCUGUCGUGGAACCUGGACCUGUGAAGCAGAGCUUUAACAUCUGUUUAACGGAAAACAGACCUCUGAUCUUGAGGGCACAGAAAUACAAAAAUAGUCCUGCGUUACUGUUUUCAGAAACACCGUCGCAUACACUGUACAGUCGUUUGGAGAGCUUGUUUGAGGUGAAGAGAGUGAAACAACAGAGACUCAAGAAUCAAAGCACAAAGUACACCAUUUCUGGAAAGACAGAUUCAUCAAGCAUCAAGAAAGCCAAUGUCCUGCAGAAUCCAAAUCCAACGAGACAGUUUUACAAGAAGAAAAAUGCUGCAUUAUCCUUUCUCGACUCCACGCUUGGGCAGUUGGAGCCAUUAGCAUCAGACGAGGGACUGCACAAAGCAAGCUCAAGGUCCAUACAGUUGUCAAGAAAAUGCAAUAUGUCUCAGUUGAAAGGUGGUCAUGCAGAAGACGAGGACAAAUUAGCAGUUGUGCCCAAAAUAGAAACACCAAUCAGUAUUGUCAUGAUGAAACCACAAAUUGUGUCAAUGCCGAGUGAUACAUUCUACGACAUUACAGAUACCGUUUCCACAGUAUCGACGUCGUCAGGGUCAAGCUUCAAAGUGGGAAGUAAGAGAAUGUUUACAAACAUUGGAAACAGGAAGGAGAGGCCAGUGUCCACAGUAGCAUCACAUCAUCUGCACCCCACCAAUAGUGAAUACGAGAUCAACGUGUUGCAUUAUGAAAACGACAUCUUAUCAUCAGAGAACAAGUCUCCACAAUUUGCAACGUCCCUCUUAAACUCUGCUGAUACAAACUGGCGCCCUGUUGAGGACACCAGUUCAGCCAGAAUGCAGGAUAACGCUGAGAGUCUGAAUGAUGAGCAAGGUGUGUCGAGCAGCUACCGAAAACAAGAAGCGGACAGGGACAUUCGCGAUGCCAAAUGCUCAUGGGAAGCUUUGGAUAGGUGGAUGCCGUCUCCUUCGUGGCGAAGAGAUAACUUACGUGGGUUGCGAUACCUUGACAUGUAUCAUGGGAAGCCUUAUGAUUGCUGCAUCAAGUAUUCCUGGCAAGUGAUCGGGACAAGCACACAGACGUCGUACAGCUUGUUACAGAAUCUCGUGAGCGACAGCAACGCGGAGGACCGCGAGGAUUCUCCCUACGGAAUGUGCAGCGUAAAGUACUCCUGGCAAAUCAUAGGAACCAGCACGCAAGCAACCUUGCACGAUUGCAACGAUCCAGAUUACUGGAAGGGCAUGUUGCUGGCGCCCAAUAAGAUGUACAAGAGCAGCUCUCAAGUUGAUAAAGAGAGAGAUGACAAGCCGCGAGAUCACGCGAGAUGUCCAGGGAGGAAACUGAAGAGAUGCUUGAUACUGAACAAUCAGCAGACUCAGACCUUCGCCGAGAAGAAUAUUCAAGCCGACGUUAACGACUACUACUAUGCGAAAUAUUCCUGGCACAAUUUGAUUAAACAGUUUAAACGAAUACUUUUGAGCCCCUCUGGAGAAAGAGUUUCGGAAAUUUUAAAAACGCUGACCAACCAGAAGUUAUCCGGCAAACUGGAAGUGGAGCAAGCCGCCGAGCAUGCGGAAUUGUUAGACAAGUAUCGGAUAGAACCGUUGACGCCGAACGUCUCCAACAAAACCUGCUUGAUACGCAACAACAGUCAUGAGAAGACAAAGGAAGAGCUGCUGACGAGAUUGACGCACACGCUGAAGCAACUGCACGAAUAUGAGAGGGUCGACGAGCGAGAUCUCGACAAGAACCGGAACACUGCGGACACCCUGCCUUGCCCUGAUGCGGAUGAUGUCCCGUCGCAGAAUCUCGUCGGAGAUCUCUUGCCGCGGAACGUGCAGGAGAACAUCAGUGGCAUCAUAGAGUCCGCACAGGAGUACAUAGCGAAGUUGAAUUGCCAACUGAAGGGUCUCGACGAGGCCGACCAACAGAUAGAAAACGGCAUGGCGAGAACGUUGAAGGAUAUAGACGAGACGUUUCAGUCUUUGUUAAAUGACGUCUACCGGGAGAUCAACAGGAGACGCGAGCAACUGAUAUUGGAGGCGGAGAUUCACAUGCACGAGAACUUAAUACCGCUGAAAGCUUGCAGGAAAGAGGUGGAGACUCAGGUAGGAAAGGCGCACAACAUCAUCUCGAUGAGCGAGAACAUGCUGCGGCACCCGGAGCAAUACAGCGUCAAUGGAUUCGGCAAGAUAGUCGCUGCGAGCAACGACAUAGGCAGGAUACCGGCGGUACCGUACUCCGAGGAGCUACCGAAUAUAUGUUUCAAUCGACCGCUGAACCUGUACAAGGAAGAGAUCAUCGAGCACAUCUCAAAGUUCGGCUGCAUAUCGCGAACGGUGCCGGUUCAGAUAAUCAGCAUCGAGGAGAGACCAGCGGGCUUCUUCAUGAAGUGGCACGUGACCGACCCGGAGUACACCAUCGAGGAGCAGACGUUCAUCGUGGAGAAGGCAAAUGGCGAGGUCCUCGAGCCGGCGUCUAGCGCCUUCGAGACUGUGUAUCGGGGCUCCGAGACUUCCUGCUUCAUCAGGAACAUGCCUCUCAACCAGCCGGUCACGCUCAGGGUCCGGCUACAGUCGGACAACAACGCCAAGAGCAUGCAUCACGUCACACGGACCUCCAUACCGCCGUACGGCUGGGAACUCGACAACAAGGAUUACGUCAUCACCAAUAACGGCAUGAUAGCGGCCAAGCUCACAGACACCAUAAGCACACUGUUCUCGCGCGGCCCUCAGUUCGAUGCGAAUCACGUAAUUGAAUUUAAGUUUUUAGAAGCUUCGCAAGAGGCGAAUGAUGACGAGGGCAUCGCGCUAGUCCAUGAGCCACGGGGCAGCAAUGACACCUUGAAGAGACGAUCUUCUCUUAUGAUAACGCCUCGGGGUAAGAUCUUCAUGGAUGGUGACGAGAAGCUGAUGCGUUUGCCGAGGAUGCGCUUCGGUACAGACAUUACGAUCUCUGCUUUGCGAAAGAAUGCUCAUGUGUUGCGGAUGAAUAUCGAGUCUGAAAAUAAAUGCGUCACAUAUGACUGGCGUGUGCGGACCCCGCUGUACUUUGCCGCCCGAUUCACAGAGUACAAAAAGUGGAACUUGAUGAUCAAGUGAAGGCGAUGAGACACGUAUCAACAAGACUUAUUUUUAUUAUGGACUAUGUGAGAUAUCGAUGUAAGAUUGCAGCAAUAAAAAAGAUCAAGUGCCUUA